AUGAUUGAAGCAUUGGCGGAAUUUUGGAAUCCGUCGUAUUGCUGCUUUACUCUAGAUGGGGUAGACCUUGCUCCCACCAUAGAGGAAUACACUUCACUAUUGCAUCUGGCCAAACUACCGACGCCCUUCAGAACGUAUGCGCCCGCUCGAACGUCUAUCAUCAAGGAUUUGUUCAGGGUCACCGAGGUUAAGGUCCAGAAUCUGAGAGACUCGAAGGUCACUUGGGAACACCUGAAAGAGUUGAUGAAGAAGGAAGGAAAGGAAGAAGUCCAACUGCAUCUGCUAGCAUUAGCCAUCUACGGCCUACUUAUCUUCCCGAAGGAACUAGGAAUUAUCGAUCAUGCCACCAUUGCCUUUGUAGCACAAGUAAAGGAAGGGGUGAACCCAGUCUACGGUAUUCUUGCUGAAACGUUCCGAUCUCUUAACAGAUGCCGGAUUAGGAGACAUGCUCGUUUGACCUGCUGUGUGCCAUUGCUUUAUGUGUGGAUGAUGAAUCAUUUGCCAUCCAUCCAGGUAUUCUUUCGCACUUCUUUCUCAACAAUCAGAAUACCUUUAGCAGAGUUCGAAGUAGCUCGUUGGGAGGAACACGCCGGCAGGAUCGAAUGGAAAGACAGGCUACAGAAUCUAGUCAGCAAGGGGAUUGUAUGGCAGGCACCGUGGAUCGACCAGCCCAAAGUGAUAUAUGGAUGUGGAAACCUUCCUUGGGUCCCACUGCUAGGUCCCUGGGGUGGAAUAUCCUACGCACCACUUAUGUUCCGAAGGCAAGUAGGCGCAAUACAGUUUGUACUCAUGACCCAUGGACUGACAGACGCUCGGUUCACAUAUGAGGAUGAUGAUAGCCAAAGGAAGAUCCGGGAAUUUUUUGUAUCAUGGAGGCAUGUGUACAUAGUCAAAGCAACCAGUCAGAACAGGGGAGUCCAGGAGAGUUAUGAGCUAUGGAAAUGUGACAGGGUGGACCCUCGGUUCCUGUGCGAGGGAAAAACUCUGACAAACGAUAAACGGCCGAGAGAAACUAUGUGUCCGUCUAAAAGAAUGAUCUCCAGAGAACAGUUUCCAAAACGGGGUCCAGUAGAUCCUCAACUUGAACCAAGCAAGCAACCGAAGAUUCAGGGCUUAUCGUCAAAGAAAGCAUCGGCAGUUUUGAGAAAAGAGAAGCAGAGACUUCAAAAGAUGCUUGAUCAAAAAGUCCAAUAA